UAUACGUCUCACGCGCACGACUCUUACCGUACUCGUCCAUCGUUCUCCUUUCACUGGCAGCCUAUAUACUAGUGCUGAAACCAAAGCCAAAUGCCUCAUGCUUUUAAGCUCUGUAAACUGAAUUUCAUAUCUCAUCCAUGUUCAUGGCUGCUUCUUGCUUGGUCCUGUUCUUCACGUUUCUUGUGCAGCUGGUGGACCGCCGGACUUGUCUUGCAGCGGGCCGGAUUCCAAUCGGUUCCAAACUGUCAGCCACUGAAAACCAGUCAUGGGUCUCUGACAACGGAACCUUUGCUUUUGGAUUUGCUUCCAUGGAUGCCCCCAAUGAAUUGCAACUAGCAAUUUGGUACGCCGGACUUCCUGGAGAUCAAACUAUAGUUUGGUCUCCUAAUAGAGAUUCCCCCGUCGGAAGGAAUGCGACCCUGGAACUCGAUAGUACUGGAAAUCUUGCACUUAUCGACCGGAAUUCCCUCAUAUGGACGUCAAACACCUCCGGUCAGGGAGUUGAAGCAGCUGUGAUGUUAGAUUCCGGCAGCUUCAUCCUCUACAACAGCACCCUUCACGUGGUCUGGCAGAGCUUCUCUCACCCGUCUGACACACUCUUGCCAGGCCAACCCUUAACAAUCUCAUCUGAACUCACCACUCCCAACUCUCGCAGCAGUUACUACAGUUUAAAGAUGCUCCAGCAGACUACCUCCCUUAGCCUGGCACUCACAUACAACUUGCCGACAUCUGACACCAACUCGCCAGAAUCUUACUCCAACUAUUCUUACUGGUCUAGCCCAGAGAUCUCAAAUGCGACGGGUGAGGUCACCGCACAUUUAGAUGGAGCCGGCAACUUUGGAAUUGUAUAUGGCAGGGAUCCUGCCGGGACGGUGUAUGUGUAUAAGAACGACGGCAGCAGCAUGGGUGCAUCGAGUGGAAAUCGGACGGUUCUUCGACGACUCACGAUCGAGACGAAUGGGAAUUUACGCCUCUAUAGAUGGGAUUAUGAUGUCAAUGGGUCUAGCCAAUGGGUUGUGGACUGGGCUGCGGUGUCGAACCCGUGUUCUGUCGCGGGAAUCUGUGGCAAUGGGAUAUGUAAUUUGAACGGAAGUAAGACCAAUUCCAGCUGUAGUUGCCCACCGGGGGCCUCCCUAGUGGGUCCUGGCAGUGUUGGGUGUUUUUCGAAUUUAUCCCCUCCGUUGGAGAGUUGUGACACUCAAAGGUCUGGAUUCAAGAUGGCGACGGUCCCUGCGACCAACUAUUACUUCUCAGAAGAUUCAAUCAUCAUGAAUUACAGCGACAUCCAAACAAGCUCCAAGUGCGCAGAAUCUUGCCUUUUGGAUUGUGAUUGCAUUGCAUCAGUUUACGGGCUGUCGGAAGAGAUGACGUACUGUUGGAUUCUGAGGAGUAUGGUGUUUGGGGGAUCAGAGGAUCCAAGCUCAACCUUUUUUGUGAAGGUUGGAGUCAACAGCUCAAGCACGGCGCCUGGAGGUGGGAAUCGAAGGUACGGCCCGCCAUCGCCAUCAGGAGAAUCUGAAUCCCACCAUGAAAAGGUCCUGGUUAUCCCCAUUGUUCUCUGCAUGUUUGUUAUCAUUGGCUUCCUCUGCUUCUUGUUAUAUCGCAUUGUCAACAAGAGGAGAUUGCAGCAAAAUGCCAUCAAUGGCAAUCUGACAGUGCCUGGAGCGCCCAGGAAUUUCAGUUUUCGUGAUCUGCAGAUUGCAACCAGUAAUUUCUCUCAGAUGCUUGGAUCUGGCGGUUUUGGAAGAGUUUACAAGGGAAGUCUUGGAGAUGGGACAUUGGUUGCAGUGAAGAAACUAGAAAGGGUCUUACCUCAUGGUGAGAAGGAAUUCAUAACAGAAGUAACUACCAUUGGGUCCAUGCAUCAUAUGAACUUGGUCCGUCUGUGCGGCUUCUGCUCCAUGGGUUCCCAUCGGCUCUUAGUGUACGAGUUUAUGAGUAAUGGGUCUUUGGACAAAUGGAUAUUUCCUUCACAGAACAACCGUGACAGGCUACUGGACUGGAAGACCCGUUUCCAAAUUGCGAUUGGAACUGCACAAGGUAUAGCAUAUUUCCAUGAGCAAUGCCGGAAUCGGAUCAUACACUGCGACAUCAAGCCGGAGAAUAUCCUACUUGACGAGAACUUCUGUCCGAAAGUAUCAGAUUUUGGACUGGCAAAGUUGAUGGGCAGAGAGCACUCUCAGGUUGUAACCAUGAUUAGAGGCACUAGAGGCUACUUGGCCCCUGAGUGGGUCAGUAAUAGGCCCAUCACCGUUAAAGCUGAUGUCUACAGUUAUGGAAUGCUGCUUCUAGAGAUCAUUGGAGGCCGUAGAAAUGUUGACAUGUCAUUAGAAUCAGAGGAUUUCUUCUUCCCCGGGUGGGCAUUCAAGGAGAUGACGAUUGGGAGACCAACGAAAGUUGCUGAUAAGAGGCUGAAAGGAAAGGUGGAACAAGAAGAGUUGGUGAUGGCUAUGAAUGUUGCCUUCUGGUGCAUCCAGGAAGAGAUUAGCAUGAGGCCCUCAAUGGGAGAAGUGGUGAAGAUGCUGGAAGGAUCACUUGAGGUUGAACCACCACCCAUGCCUCAGUCUGUCUUGGAAUUGGUUGAGGAAGGCCUAGAUAAUGUAUACAAGGCCAUGAAGAGGGAGUUCAAUAACAAUAGCUCCUUCACGAUCAAUAGCCGUCACCAACAUAGCUCCUUCACAAUCAAUACCCAACCAUCAUCACAUGCUACAUGUAGUUAUUCCACCAUGUCACCCAGAUAACAAUGUGGGAUCACUUGCCGACUCGAUAGGCAACUUUGAGAUGUCUGAUGCAUGUGAGCAGGGAAGGAUAAUUUCAGACCUACCAAUUCCAGGCUCAACCAUUCAAACGAGUUUAUCUAACUAGUUAAAUUAUAGGAACUCUAUCUUAAGUAGGCUUUAAAUGAUAGAUUUUCCUUGAGGAGAAGGGA